AGGGAGGCAAGACGUGUGGUAAAAGGUGCUCAUACGAUCAAGGUGAUAAAGAUAGAACAAAAAGGAAACAAAAUCAACAGAGGGAGAGUGUAUGAAAAGAAAUACGUCCAGAUUUUCAGAUCCUCGUGGAAUAAGAAGGAAGAUAAGCUGCAGGUUAUAGAGUAAAUAAUAAUUUAAUCAUAUAAACAAUAUCGUUAAUAACCAUUUCGUAAACAAGAUGGGAGGAACGUCAGGGAACUGCCUGACGAAGGUGAGCAGCGCCGUCGCGGGAGCACUCGAGAAGUUCUUCUACACAUACGGCAAGAGCGUGGCUUCGCACCCCAAAAAGUACAUACUGGGAUGUGUCCUGCUCACCGCUGCCUGCUGUCUCGGGUUUGCGAACUUCUACAUGGAGAAUCGCCCUGAGAAGCUGUGGAUUCCGCAGGACUCAGACUAUGUGCUGACCUUGAACUGGCAGGCUGAGAACUUCCCCAACGACCAGCGAGUGGAACUUAUCCUAUACGAAUCAGAUAAUAUUCUCAAAGCUGAUUACAUUCGAGAGAUGUAUCGACUGAGAAAGGCUCUAAGAUCCAUCGUUGUGCAAAACAGAGACGGCGAAAAUGUUACCCAGGCAGAUCUAUGCUUUGAAGUGCCGGCCCUCGGAGGAACCCAAAAGGACGAACUGAGAGACAUCAAGCGCAAGCUCUUCCCGGACCGAGACCCCGACGAGGACUUCGACUGGUCUCUGGCCUUCGACAAGACCAUCUACUACCAGUUCUACGAGAAGAUGCCCAAGGACUGCCUUGAGUUCAGCAUCCUCGAGAUCUGGGGGAAUAACGACACGGCCAUCGAAGAGCUCACGGACGAGGAGGUGCUGCGUGAGAUCAACACGGCGAAUAUGAGCGUAACGUACGCAUACCCCAUGGAUUUUCAAGCUUUCCUGGGAGGUAUAGAGAGAGACGAAUCUGGGCAGGUGAUCGGCGCUAAAACCACACUGACUCAGAUCGUCAUGAGAAUCAACCGGACAGAGAUUGACUUGGGGAUGUUAACGAACGACGUGGACAUGGCAUUAUAUGACUGGGAGGGCGAGUUCAUCUCCCUUCUUCGGAACGACACAGGACGACCGGAGGGACUCGAGGUAUACUUGCAGGCGCAAAGAAGCUUCGGCGAAAUCAGUGGAGAAACAAUACUGGGAGAUGUUGCCUUCUUGGUCAUAGGAGACAUUAUAUUGUUCGUGUACGUGCAACUGAUGCUGGGCAAGUUCAAUAUGGUCGAGACUAGGCCCGUCCUCUCCUUACUAGGACUCCUGGCUACCUUCAUGGCCGUCGGGGUGUCCUUCGGCCUCUGCUCCGCCUUCGGGAUCGCUUACGGUCCUGUGCACUCCAUCCUGCCCUUGCUUAUGCUGGGUUUGGGAGUGGAUGACAUGUUUGUUAUUGUCCAGUGCUGGCAGAAUCUCAGCCAUGAGGAAAAGAGACUAGAGCUAAAGAAGAGAAUGGGUUGUGCGCUUCGUCACGCCGGGGUGGCCAUUACUGUUACCUCGCUCACGGACUUCGCGGCUUUCACGAUCGGCGCCUCGACCGUCCUCCCAGCCCUUCGGUCCUUCUGCAUCUACUCCGCCCUGGGUGUGGUCGCGCUGUACAUGCUCCAAGCCACCUUCUUCGUCGCGUGGUUCGCCCUCGACCAGACCCGCCUCGAAGACCACCGCAACGGUCUCUUCUGGUGCUACAAACACAAGAACUGGACUCCUAACAAAUGUUCUCAGUACGACCUGUGUCAGAUGUUCUUCGAUAAGAUCUACUCCAAGUACCUGCUGAAGAAACCUGUCAAGGCUCUCGUGCUGGUCGUCACGGCUGUCGUAUUCGGCACCAGCAUCUGGGGCGUCACGAACCUGAGGCAGGAAUUCAACCCCGUGUGGUUCAUUCCGCAGUCGUCCUACCUGUUCCAGUUCCUCUCUCGGGCCCAGACUUUCUACCCAGAAGCAGUGUGCGAACAAGAAAGACAAAAACUAAUCGUAAAAACAAAAUGCAAAAGUCUAAGCCAAUUCCUUCCUCAGGCGAGCGCGGCGCGGCUGGGCGCCCUGAACUACUCCCAAGAACUGCCGAAGAUUGGCUACCUGACGCAGGCCAUGAGGGAGAACGAGUACAUUUCCUUCGUGGAUUCUUGGUAUGAUCUCAUGAUUGACUAUACCAACAAGAGCACCGGUGAAGACAUCACAGGACAGCCACUGAACGAGAGCUUCUUCAACAAGGCCAUGUCAGAAUUCCUGUACUCGCCAUCAGGCUCUCGCUUCCAAAACUAUUUUCAUUUCGACGGCAACUUAACCGCUAUGGAACCUGCGCCUCCCAUACUCGCCAGCAAAUUCGACUACAGCCACAGAUCCCUUGACGGGCCAUCUGAGCAGAUUCCGGCGAUGGACCAGACGAAGGACUUGGUCAAGAGCGCGAAUUUCUCAGAUUUCGCAGCCCCAAUCGCCAUGAUGUACAGCAGUUGGGAGACGGAUAAAAUCAUCGCAUUUGAACUUGUCCGAAACCUUUCUCUGGCGCUGGUGGCCGUGUUCGUCAUGACGCUCAUCCUCAUAGCCAACAUCGUGUCUUCAAUCUAUGUUCUCUUGUGUGUUUUGCUUACCCUCGUCGAUGUCAUGGCCCUGAUGACCUGGUGGGACCUGACUAUUGACACCGUGUCUUGCAUCAACCUGGUUCUCUGCAUUGGCCUCUGUGUUGACUACUCGGUGCACAUAGCACUGCACUUCAUGCAGGUUAAAGGCACGAGAGACGAACGUGUUCAACGGACGGUGAAAGAGAUGGGUCCGGCAGUUAUAAACGGAGCCUUCUCUACGUUCCUGGCGUUCAUCCUCCUCGCUAAUUCGGAUUCUCACGUGUUUGAAUCGUUUUUCAAGAUCUUCUUCGGCGUGUUCAUCUACGGGGUGUUCCAUGGCCUGGUCUUCCUCCCCGUCCUCCUCAGCCUCAUUGGACCAGCGCCCUACGCCCACGACCUCCACGCCCUUCCCGAAGCCAUCGAGGUCGAGAAGCGCUCCAAGGACGUUCUGGUGAUCGAUGGAAGGACUUACUCGCAGGUGCACAACGUUAGGUCCAAUUCGUCCUACGAGUGAUUUUCUUUGUAAAUAGUUUCGUACUUGCAUGCAUUCUUCUAUUUUUUUUAUUUUUUUAAUCUUUCAGUGAUAUGUGAUUAUUUUUCUCUGUUCUGUUCUGGAGAGAGGAAUUUGCUAUUUGAUUUAUUGGUAAUAGAGCCAAGGUGCAAGAUUUAUCAAGGAGAUUCUCUUUUAACAUUUUCUAUGAACAUGUUAUUAUAAUAAUAACAGUAGUAAUAAAUGAUAUUAAAGUUAUUAUCAUCAUCAACAUGCUGCUACUUGGUAAGAUCUUGCUUACCGAAAUUUUCUCUCCUUUAUUAAGUUCUGGACGGGUAUAAUUAUUCCCAUGUGAACUUUUAUUUUCUAGUAUCACAUUUAUAUUUUUUUCUUUGUCUGUCAGUAGAUGAUUACUGCCUUAUGCUAAAUCCUAUUUUCACUGUAUUUUGUGUGUGGAUGUAUAAAUAUAAUAAUUUAAAAUUACAUUUGUGUAUCAAACAAAGAGAAACACUAUAUUAGUUUAUCUGAAAAAAUAGUAUGUUUAAACUCUUUACUUUAACAUUUGAAAAGCAUAUGAACAACUAUAAUAUUAAUAGCCCGUGAAAGUACUUUGCAAUACUCAUUGAAUACUUUUAAUGCACUUCACUGGUGUUAUUUUUACAACAAAGUUAUCUAGAAAAGGUAUGGAUAAGAAUGAACAUUACAAUAUAAGAAAUGUACUUGUACUUUCAUGUAUUUAUGACAAAGUAUUCGAAAGCAAUCAAAUACAUCUCUUGUAUUGUGAAGAUAUUAAUUCUCAUUCAUAUCUUUUCUACAUGUCAACAUCAAUUCUGUAUUAAAAUCAUCAAAUGGUUAUUUUUUGACAACCAACAAAAAUCUGUUGGCUCAAAGUACAAUACUAUUUGAAUGGGGUUUUGAUACAUUUGUUGUGUUUAUUUGCUGUGAGGUCCUAAACUCUUAUUAAAGAAAAUGUGUAUUAUCUGAAGAACAAAGCCACCUAAAUACAUAUCUUUCUUGCAUGCCUUUUCUCUUGCUAGUGACAAAACGUGUGACUUCUUGAUUUUUCUAUUUCUGUAUGCAUUAUAUAAACUUAUGUUUAUACUGUUUCUGUACAUAUUUCUGUAUCUUAUGGAUGCAGCUGAAUUAAUAAAUAUGACAGAUUUUUCC